UUGUUGCAGAGUCACUGCAGACGAUUUGACUGUAAACAAGAAGCUUCUGACAGAGAAAGCUCCUGAUCCAGUUCGACUCAUCCGAGCAUUUCAUGUUAGGAGGCAUUUAAAAGCUGGAGUUUGUCCAUCUGCGGUUCCGUAGAAACUCCUCCAGGUUCUGAGUCUGCAGAGUUUUGUUUUUUUUCUUGGUUCGUAUUUUGGCGAAGUCAGCUCGAGCUCUAGCUGUUGCCCUUUAGCUUCUCUGAAACCACCCAGAAUCUUCUGGACUCUUCUGGACUUCUGCUUGGUGUGGCCUGGACAACCCGAGCCCUGGGUGGCUGGUCGGAGCAGCCUCCUCCAACCAUGGAGGCGGGAGGUAAAGACUGCGAGGAGGAGACGCUGCAGACGGCCUUUAAGAAGCUGAGGGUCGACGCUGAGAGUUUGUCUGGAGCUGUGAGCGUUUCUGAUUCGUUGGCUCCUAGAGCAGCAUCCAGAGUGGUUCUGGAUGGCAGCAGUGGAGCCAAAGCCAAACUCAGCUGCUCCAAGGACACCUGGCACUGCUGCACGAGGAAAACCAGCAGAGGAACCUCAUCCAGGACCAGACGACGGAGGUCCAAGUCUCCCAUCCUCCACCCUCCGAGGUUCACCUACUGCAGCAGCGCAGCCUCAGCUCUGGCGCCCCCCGGUGGCUGCCUGAAGCAGCAGCGCCUGGCCUUGCCUGAGUCUGCAGAACCUCAAGCAGCAGUUGAUGAAUCUCCUGGUUCCUCUGCUGGGCCUCCGGUUCAGACGGAGCGUUGCUCCUCAGGUCUGUUGGGCCGUGGCUCUCCUGUGGUCUUUGGAGUUCGCCCCAGUUAUGACACACGGAUGGGCGGCGUGGGUUCCUCGCCAUCCUUACCGCAGAUCACCACAGCAGCGAAGUCCCCGCGGUGGGAGGGUAGAAGCUCCAGAGAGGCCCGGUCCAGUGAGGAGAGCGGCACAGAUAAUGGUUCCCCUGAUCGAGCAGGAGCUUCUGCGCCUCUUGGAUCCAACACUGCAGACUUUAGAGCUCUGUCCGAGCUCCACAGUCGCAGCUCCUCAGACGGGCCCCUGGCCCCCUGCUCCUGCUGCCAGGGCAGUGAGUCAGAACCCAGGGAGGAGAGCCAGCUGGAAACCAGACAGCGGUGCCACUGCAGGUCGCGUGCUCCUGGUUGGAAGGAUGUGGAGGUCUACUCCUUUACCGGGCUCCGCAGCGUCAUCUCAGAGUGCGAAGGGAGCCUGUCGGUCCAGGAGGACGAAUCCAGAACUCUGAGCAGUACUUCAUCAUCCUCGCCGCUGUCGUCCGGCUCACCUCGCUCGUGCUCAGAGCAGGCGCGAGCCUACGUGGACGACAUCACGAUAGAGGACCUUUCUGGCUACAUGGAGUAUUACCUCUACAUCCCUAAGAAGAUGUCCCACAUGGCUGAGAUGAUGUACACCUAAAGGACAAGUGACCUUCAUUCCAUCUACAGUCAUGAAGUUACAGCUUGUGUUCUGAGGGGGAGCGGAGGACGGAACGAGGACUAAAGAUGGCCCAACUGGGGUUUAAUCUGGAUUAUACUGGAACCAUCCCAGGCGACGGUCUCUUUAGGUCCAGCUUGUUUUCAGUGUGUUCUGUUAAUCUCUUUGUUUUCCAGAUUUAAUGUUUACACUUGAAGUUGCCAAAGCUCUCCUGAGCUAACAUUUUAAGACCAGCUGGGAUUUUGUCUGUGGUUCUUUGCUCAAUAAAGAUGCUGAAUGCUCUGCUGGGAUCUUGGUCAUUUUUUACUGCAUCCACAGAAGAAGAAAACCUGAAUGUUUUGUAGUGGGUUUAUAUGGAUUCCGUAUUGGGGGGAAAAAGUUAGGACGAUUCUAAGGGCCCUUGGACUGAGGAGGGGCCCAAAAGAAGUAAAAAAGAUUUGUCCUGCUAUAUUUUUCAAAUAUAAAAAGAAAAUCCAGCAGUAAAAUAAAUAAACUUCACGUUCUCCUUAAUUUUUCAGCAGUAAACAGUAAAAGCAGGGUUGAAGAGCAGAUGAGAUUUGUUGCUCAUUUUCAGCACCCAAUGCCACAGGGCAGUAGCAGCCUAGUGGUGUAAACUUUCAGUUAAAUCCCUUUUUAAUGUCAAAUAUGACAGAUUACUGGAUUAAGGAAAUUUCUAGUAUAUGACAUGCUAUCACACAUAACAGUUUUUGAGAAUUUGUAAACAGUUGCUCUUUAUUUCUCGAAGAUAUGAGAGGAGGAGAGGAGAGAAUGGAUAUUUAAGCUGCCUGAAAUAAUCAGUUCCCCCUCCAUAAAAUGUGAAGAAAUUGAUUUACUUGCAAGUCUUUACCUGUGUUUAUUCUUCUCUUCAUCAACAACAAACCCUGUGGAUUUGGUGACCCGGGCUCUUGGGGGAACAUCCGGGGCCGGAGCCCAAGUAGCCUCCCUGCUCCCUGGGCGCCCCACAGUGGCAGCCCACUGCUCCCCAAGGGGAUGGGUUAAAUGCAGAGUGAUUUAGGUUUAACAAACAGGAAGUGUUGGAAGUUAACCCUGUUUUCUGCAUCCUCUCUGGGGGACACAUCACAUCUUUUACUGAUAUAUGGUUAAUCAAACAUAUUCAUUUUGAAAAUGCAAACAUAUGAAUCUGUUUGUGGGCUUAUGGUUUAUAACUAUGGUUUUCUAAAGAGUUAUUCCAGAUCUUUCCUUAAUUGAUCGAGAGGUGUAGAGUUCAGCUUCUGUAAGUAAAAACCCCACCUAGAGCCUCUCAGUGUGGAGCUGUAAUUUAUGUAACAUUAGAUGUAUCUUUCAAAUAUAAUAUUUCAUAUAAAACUGUAUGUUUUACUAUUUCUAUUUGUAAAUGUAACUCGGUCUGUUCUGUUUCCCUUCCAUUGAUGAAAUUAAUCUGCUGCUGCUGCUGUGUCUGCAAUUAACU